AGUAGAUUGUUAAAAAGAAAAUGCAUGGCGAUAUAACUCAAAUAAGACGUUUUUUAAAAGAGAGAUUGCAGCGGGAUUAUACUACAUUGCAUGGUCAUGAAGCAGAACGUGAAAAUGUCAGGCAAUUACUUCAACGCACAGCAGAGUUGGGCGAAUCAAAUUCGCUUUUGCUCAUUGGUCCGCGAGGAUCAGGGAAAACUACUUUAAUUAAUGCAGUGCUUGCCGAUCUCAUAUCAUUGAGUGAUUUUCAACAAAAUACAAUACUCGUGCAUCUAAAUGGAAAUUUGCAUACGGAUGACAAAUUGGCUUUGAAAUCAAUUACUGUACAAAUGCAAUUGGAAAAUGCUGCCAAUGGCAAGGCAUUCGGCUCAUUUGCGGAAAAUUUAGCAUUUCUUUUGGCUUGCUUGAAAUCGGGGAAUAAGCGGUCUAAAAGCGUAAUUUUUAUAUUGGACGAAUUCGAUCUUUUUUGUGCACAUCACAAUCAGACGCUCUUGUACAAUUUAUUUGAUGUCUCCCAGUCAGCGCAAGCACCAAUAUGUGUGAUAGGCACAACAUGCCGACUGGACGUUAUAGAAUUGCUGGAAAAGCGAGUGAAAUCUAGAUUUUCUCAUAGACAAAUUUUUAUUUUCCCUGCGGCUAAUACUUUCGAAAAGUAUUUAGAUCUGUUUAAGGAGUUAUUAAGUAUUCCAAACGAAAAAGAACUGAAGCAAAUCACAGAACGUGUUAACGAAUUAAAAUUAUUAAAUUCAGAUGAACUCACUAUGCAUCGUAACCAUUACAAUCCUGCCAAGUACAAAUUUAACAAAAAAUAUAUUGAUUCAUGGAACAAUAGCGUAAUUGUCUUAACAGCCGACGCGAAAGCACCAGCAUUGUCCUCAUUGCGAACUUUGUACGAAAUCGAUAAGACUGAAUCGUUUCUAAAAUUAUGUUUAUUCCGUCUGGUGGCACAACUGGAUCCAGAUUCACAACAACGUAUCACAGCAGAGCAGUUAUCUGAAAUAGCCGCUACAUACACAGCUGAUCCGAGAGUAGAAUUGCUUUGCGGACUAUCUGUUCUUGAGCUCUGUCUCGUUAUUGCCAUUAAACAUCAUUCCGAAAUUUACGAUCGCGAUCCUUUCAAUUUUGAAAUUAUUUUCGCGCGUUUUGCCAAAUUUUCUAAGAUCUCUACCACCAUGCAGGGCAUAGAACGCGCAGUUUCGUUGAAGGCUUUCGAACGUUUGCGUCAUAUGGAAAUUAUAUUACCAAUUUCAAGUGUAGUUGGCAAAGUACAAAAGGAUUUUGAAAUGCACCGGCUUGCGUUGACAUAUGGCCAAAUAAAGGACGCUAUUCAAAAAUACCAGGCACUCCCUACCGAGGUGGCACAAUGGGCACAAAGUUCCAUAAUUUAAAAGGAAUAUUACAUUUUCUUAUUAUUAAAUUAUUUUGCUUAUUUUUGAUAAUUGUAUGAUUAUAUAAAAAUUAACUGAAUUAAAUAUGCUAUGUUUUCACUCCCACUUCUUCCACUCCACAGAACAUUUACGACCGACGCGACAGUAGUGAGCGCACUUGUUGCUUCCACAAUUUUUGCACUCAUACCAACAACCAGGGCAGUUUUUAUAGGGGCAAUCACAAGGAUCAACUUCCGAUUGCUUUGGCGAUAUGAAAGUAAACAUUUUUGGUCGUCCAUUCAAGCGGGAUUUGUUAGUUUUAAUCUUCUCCAUUCUUCUUUUUCAACAAAUUUAAACCAGAGACUUUAAACGCUUGUGUGUUGAACGUUUUUUUUCAAUGAAAUAGGUGAAAAAA